GGAAGAGGGAAAAUGGUAAUAAAAAUAGUUAACUCGGUUGUCAUCAUCGUCGUCGUCGUCAUCAUCAUCAUCGUCCCCCACCUGUUGCGUGACGUCAACAGACGAACGAAUUCAACAGGCGGGGUGCGAAGCGUACGACGGGAGAAACCCCCCCUUCAAUCGAAUUACGUUGGCGGAAUAAAAAUGAAGACCUAGUUACAGUAAUGGUGCUUUGGUAAGAUAUAACGAGUUUUGGAAGCAUUUGGUGACCACGUGAAAGUCCUAGUUUUUGGAAAAUGAGGUUAUGGUAGCUGUAAAAUCAGCUUGGAGGACAAUGCCGCCAUCAGCGCUUUGCCUGGUGUUACCGUCGUUACACGUCGAUCUUUUCGUUCCCCUUUCUCAUCCGGCCGUCGGACAUCGGCCGACAAACAGAGUCUUCCAUUCGUCCAGGAAGCGCCAGGCAGUUACCACCCGGAGGCAGGAGAACAGGAGAGAGAGAGACACACAGCCGUGCUGAUGGCUGCGCGAGCAGCGGUACUUCCUCUACGUCACGUGAUCGUCUGAUUAGCCCGAGGGUGUGACGUCAACUAGCAGAACAGCAGACGUCUGUCGCCAUUCCGCUUCGUAUCGUUGUGUUGACUGCAGUGUAGGGAAGGAGUCGAGUAACGAUUGUGAGGUAAACGAUUUAGAUAAUGUUCGAACGAUGUACUCGGUUGUUUGGAAUAACGUUUAAGAGCCGCAUAAUAUUAUAUUGGUUUCGAUUGGAUUAGUUAAAAUCUGGUUGGUUGUUAGAUCGCAUAGGGGAGAUGUACGUGUCUGCACCAGCCAGCCAUCGUCACAGCCUGCGAGCACAAGAGACAGACGUGUGAUAGUUGAGCCGUAAAGGCAUCCAGUAUGGUGUUUGCGUGUUUUAUUUUCCAUCGUAUCUAGUCAAUAUGGAUCAGAAGAUUCAAGGAUAUACACCUCACCUGAAAAAAGUGCUGAAAAGCUAUCAGGCAGCAGCCACUACAAGCCUACAGGGCCCAAAUAGCUUCAUGGGUAUGUGGGAUGAGAAGAUGGUAUCAGGCAAUGCCGCCAAGACUGCGUGUUCGGAAAAAAAGGCAUCGACGACUAACAAAUGCAGCGAUUUCGAUACGUUCGUGGCACCACCGCCAUUUCCCAUUCAGCAACCUCCCAUAUUCACGCCACCCGAUCAAAGUCGGUGCGAACGCUCGGAAACAAGACUAGAAUCCGAGAUCAUAUCGUGUUUUGAGGUCGGAGGUGAAAAGCGUUUAUGCUUACCUCAAAUACUUAACACGGUACUGCGGGAAUUCAGCCUGCACCAGAUAAACGGGGUAUGCGACGAAUUGCAUAUAUUCUGUUCCAGAUGCAAUCCCGAACAGUUAGAGGUAUUGAAAGUCACCGGGAUUCUACCCCUUAGUGCCCCGAGUUGCGGACUCAUCACUAAAACUGAUGCGGAGAGACUGUGUUCCGCUCUUCUACAUAGCAAUCCACCCAAAUCCAACAUGAGAGCGGACGAUAAAUGCACGUUUCACAUAAAAGUGUACCAUCAGUGCUUCGGUAAAACUCAGGGAGUGUUCUGGCCCGAUUUAUACCUGGCGCCUAAUAUGCCUUGUAUCGAAUGCUCGGAGUGCAGGGGUCUUUUUGCACCCCAAACAUUUGUGUGUCACACUCACCACGCCAAGAAUCGCACUUGUCACUGGGGUUUCGAUUCCCUUAACUGGAAGUGUUAUUUGUUGCUAUCUAAGGAACACGAACACUCGAAACAAUACCGGCAACAACUGCAAGAAUUGAAAGCAAGGUUCGAACAUUGUCAGAAACUUAAAAGGAAACAGGUAAGUUGCAUUUUUUUUUCCCUCUUCUUUCAAACCUCUCUCUUUAUCUGAGGUGCCUUGAUUUAAUUUAUUACCAACGACCUUCAUGGUAUAAUCGAUGCACGGUGCGUAAGAGUUCUUCGCGUUUCUAACUACACCCCCCCUUUUAAUACUAUAUCACUCGUACGGGUCGUAGGGGUAAAGUUAAGAUCCCCGUAAACACAGGUGAGAGAGAAAACAGACGUGCCAGAUGUUACUGUCCUCGGGGUGUACCCGUCUGUCCUUGCCGCCUGGCGUAGAGGUAAAAUAAAUAAUCCAGUUGCAUUGUGGGAAUUUCUCGGCCUGUAAGGUGUUCCAGUUUCGACACACAAAAGCCUAACAGAGAGAGAAGGGAGGGGGGUGUUGGCCUUCGUCUACUACGUUGUCCAUCCUUUCGUUUUGCAAAUUGCGAAACUGCCUGUCUAUAUAACGUCACACAGCAUUUCGUGCCAUUGCUAGUGUCGUAAUAACGAAUAUUUCGUUUGCUCCAGUCUAAAUUUAGUGUCGCCAAGGCAAUUUUUUAUGCCACCCCAUCAAUUUUGCGAGAAUUUCUGAGGCUUCCAAAGGGAUAAGAAAAAAAAAUUAAGUUGGAAUUCAUCACUGUUUUUAUUAUAUUUUUUUUUAGCCUUCUCAGAAAGUCUCGUGUGUAUUUUAAGAUCGUGUUUGUAGGAACUUUCUCACCGCGUAUGUACGUUUUAAACCCCCCUCCUCCGUUUUUUGCAUCGUGGUAGACGAUGGGUCGUUUUUUUAACCAUAGAAAAUAUGGGUCUAAGAAGAAGCUCCACGAUUAAAAAUAAUCUGUUGAUUAUUGUAUGAAUAAGCUUUAAUAAUAAACAACUGUUUAAAAUAGCUCGAGGCUGUACACACACGAUGGGGUAAAGACUUUCUUAUCGGACCCCCUGACAAAUCUGGUGGUCAGAGUGCGUGAAUCCUUUGUGGUAUUUGUUCAACUGCCGGGUCAACUCUUUGUUUGGCACUCCCGCAAAGUCCAUUCGUUCACCUGUAGUUAACUCGAAAUACUCCAUCUUUGUAUAGAAUAUUCCAUACAAUAUGUAGUUUCGUGGGGGCAUUCCCUUGUUGUUUUUUUAAACCCUUAUCGUGAGGUCGAAGAUAGCAUUCUUUGGGACGUUUUCCGGGUUCGAAUAACGUUUAUCUAUUCAUAAAUCUAUACGAGAAAGUGUUCCGAAUCCUUAAAAAAAAAAAAAAAACAGUGGUUCCCCCCUCUCGAAGGCCAUCCGCUGUUUUGUCUGAGUGGCGGAAUGUGAUAUCGAUUCUUUUACAUCCCGGAAGCGAUUCGGUCACGUGAAUUGUUCGCGUUAUCACCUAAUGUGGCAAAAGAUAUAUAUGCCACGGGUGCCGGGGUCUUAUAUUACGUUCUCAGUGGCCAAAAUGGAUUCUGGGAUUGGGAAAAGUUCCCAGUGGGCCUCGUUCGUCAACUGUCACGCAUUCAGGUGUGGUGUGAAAGAGCAUACAAAAACCGCUUCCUCUUCUGUAUCUAUUGUGUUUGCAGCUGGGAAGGUGGGGCAUCUUUUCUACACAUUUUCUCUAGUAAAAAAAAUGCCCCCGGGCACGUAGAGUAAUGCCCAUUUUACGUUCGGAUACCCGAUCGAUUGGAUCCGCUACACGCGCAACUGCUUGGUAGUUCCGUUCGGUUUCCUUUCUUCCCCUUCUCCCCUCGGCAGAUUUUAUUUUUGGGGGGGAGUUCGGUGCCCAAUUCGAACGCCGCGGAUUUUCGGGAGGAUCGAGCAAAGGGAAAAGGGGAACGGGCCAAUUUAUUGAACUGCGAAAGGUUAGUGUGAUCGAAGCCAAGACAAACAAGUCUUGUUUACUUGGUCCGUUCGAUUGGCAGAUUGCCAGGCCACGCGUCCUUGAGUUCACUUCCUCCUUCCUCGUCGCGUACAGGAUGACGGUGAAUACACUGGCUUCGCUUGGUUGUUUGUCUUCGUUUGCUUACGUAACUGGAAUAUUUUGUCGGCUUUGCUUUGGUGACGAAAUCUUGCCCGAGGUUUAUUUCGUCUGAUCGGCCAUCUUGGUUUCUAUGCGGAAGGAUUUUCACGAAUUGCGACUCGAAGGGGGGGGGAGAUACCAGCCGGUGUUUUCCUGUCCCUCGGGGUCGACAAGUGCUAGUGUCUUGGGCGUUGUUUCCAUCAACUCUAUCGCAUGGCUUGACAUUGACAAAACGCCGGCUCUUGUCGCUCCGCCGAAUAACUCAAGGACGACGACGACGACGACAACGCCAUUAAUGUUAUUUUGUAAACUAACAAUUCUGCCCCCCCUCGUCUAUAGUUUGAUAACUUGCCUACACACGAACCUCGAAUCGUAGGCAAAAUGCUAUUGCAUCGUCAGGUGCAUUGAUGUAAGGGUUGAUAAUUGAUUUACCCUUGACACAGACGAAUCCAAUAGCGUGCCUUUUGCCCCCCCUCUUCAAACGUGAUGCGAAUGUAAUUAAAAAUAUAUAUAUAUGUACUCUUCUUCCUUGAAAACGCUUGUAUCUAUGUAGUAUUCUCGUAUAUACCAGGGCACAAGCCAAAUCUUAGGUCCUCACAUUUUUACAUAUAUAGAAUCAUUAUGUAGAAGAGAAGGGCUUAAGGCUACAACAUGUCUAAAUCCAAUCCUGAUAAGCCUUAUAUUUAAUUUAAAGCCUCAUAUUUUAAUAGGGCCUGAUAUACACACAAGCUAAACAAAUUGCAGCUUAGGUCUUUACAUAUUUGGUGGAAUGGAAAGGGCCUGUUAUAUGUUAUAGCUUAAGACCAUAAGUUUAAACUUUUAAUUUAUUACAAAAUAAGAAAUUUCAUGGAAUAAAUUCCUCGGCAGCUUAAUAAAUAACUUAUUAAAUAUUGUUUUUUUACUAUUUAACUGUUCAUAAAGAUAAAUGACAACUGAAUUAUAACAC